AUGCAACACCUCAACUUCCCUCGCUGCACAAGCUGCCACGGCAGCGCGUCGCGUCACUCGCCGGCGAACAAUCUCUCCACCGUAACCUUCACCGUCCGUCACCGCGGCGACUUCCGGCGGCUCUGCACCUCAUGCGUCCUCAAAUACCACCCCAGCCACUUCUGCCCGAUCUGUUUCACCGUCUACGACGCCGAUUCGCCGGCUCCGACGAUCGAUCGCCGCGUGGUGUGUAUUUCGUGCCCGUCGAUUCUCCAUCCCGACUGCAUUGUUCCGGCGAUUAACUGUAAGUCGGCGCCGUACCAGUGUCCUCCGUGCCGGAACCCUAGUUUCAGGUUUUUUACGGCGGAGAGGGAGGGAGUUGAUGAGGAAUUAGCGCGGCAGUUUCUGGCGGCAGCGAAAAUUGCGGUGAUGUCUGUGAAGAAGGCGGCGAAGGAGGCGAGGGCGGUUGCAGAGAGGAGAGCCAUAGAGGCGAUUCGAGCAAGGAGGAUUGCGAAAGAAGCUGUGGCGCACCACUGGUUAGAUAAUGAUGAUGAUGAUCGUAAUGAAUUGAGUUAA